AGUUUGUCUAAGCAAAUCAGUUUUUGUAUAUAGUUUGCCUCAUAUCAGUCCUCACAGAGAUCAUGAAACUGUGAGGUAAAAGCCGAAUAUAUAUUUUUUAGCACUUUUACUGUUAUCUGCCUUCUCAUUCUUCAGCUGAUGGCUUUAGUUUUGUUCUCAAGACCACAGGUAAGACAUAGUCAUGAAGUAGUAAUGCAAUAGUUAAAGUUUAUAGUGCUUUAUUAGUGUCUUUUAACUCCAUUAUAACAGGCUGCUGGAUACACAGCUAUUCUUCUACAUUUCCGGUUUGUAAUCUGCGGUCUCAUCAUGCAGUCUCUAAUGGUGAAACCCGCAGGGACCAUCAACUGCUCUGAACCCACUACAGAUGGUCUCAUAACAGCCCUGAAGGAAAAUAUCUUUGGCAAAACUGAAAUAAGGCCAGUUAUUAACCUGAAAACUCCCACCAACAUCAGUGUGAACUUCAUUCUGUAUGGGAUUUUAGAUGUGGAUGAAAAAGCACAGAAACUUAACACAUUCCUUUGGGUGAAUCUGGUUUGGAAUAUUGAAGGUUUGAGCUGGGAUCCUGUUAAAUGUGGAACAGACAGAAUUUCAAUACCACGAAAACAACUGUGGAGGCCUGAUAUUAUCAUCAAUGAAUUCAUUGAUGAAAAUAAAGUCCCAGACACAUAUUACCUCUACGUUGACUAUACUGGCAAGAUAAUGGAUGAUCUUCCAUUUCAUGUCAUCAGUUCUUGUAACCUGGACAUCUAUACCUUUCCAUUUGACAUUCAAAACUGCACAUUCACUUUUAAUUCAUACCAGCACACUGUGCUGGAUGUUCAGUUGUCCUUUGAUAAACCGGUGGAGCAAGCAUUCAGAGAUUCUCUUGAAGCGAUGACAACUAAAGGAGAGUGGGAGCUGGUCGAUAUGCUUGCUCAAAAACCUUCAAUACCUCCCCAGGAAAUGAAUAUCUCACGGGACACACUUACUUAUUAUAUCGUUCUCAGGCGUCGAGCGACCAUGUAUGUGGUGAACCUCCUGAUUCCCAGCUGCUUCCUCAUUACUGUAGAUCUGUUCAGUUUUCUUCUUCCACCCCAGAACGUGGAUCGUUCUGCCUUCAAAAUGACCCUGAUUUUGGGUUACACUGUCUUCCUGCUGCUAAUGAAUGACCUGCUGCCUGUUACUGGAAACACCUUACCUCUCAUAAAUGCUUUUUUCUCCCUCUGUUUGCUUCUGAUGGUGGCCAGUCUUCUGGAGACAAUCCUCAUCACUAACAUUCAGUGUGGCUCCACUCACUAUGGACCUUUACCUCCAUGGGCCAAGGCACUUUUCCUCAACUAUAUCGCCAAACUUGUUCAUUUAAGCAAGAAACCCAGUGACCAAAACUGUGACCCUAAAGAGCACAGAACUUAUACCAAACGCUGUGAUCCUGCAGUUGAAACCUCUAAUGGGAAGGCAGUCCAUAAAACACCUGCUCUUGUGGAACUGAAGAAGAUAAGCCAUGAGUUACUAUCCAUCCGUCAGCAGAUCAAUAAAUAUUUUAAAACUGAUGAGAGCGCAGAGGAGUGGAUGCAUUUGGGUCAAGUCAUUGACCGCUUGCUUUUCUGCCUGUAUAUUGUGUUUCUUUCAGUUAGUUUUAUCACUAUUUUAAUCUUCUGGUUGUACUGGUACAAGAAAAAUUCAUCUUUAAUAAAUAAAUGGUAACCAAAUAAAACUAUAUAGGAAUGAGUGCUGUUGA